AGCCGGGAUUUGAACCCAGGCAUCUGGCUCCAGAUGCUACUGCAGGGGAGAGCGCCAAGAUGGCCCGAGUCUAGGAUGGAGAAAGAGGGCAAAGCGGUGGCCACUUCUUCCAAAAUAUUCCUGAGAAGCCAGAAAUCCUGACGGUUGUUUGCCAUCCCCUCCAUUUAGGAUUACAGUAACACACUGUUGAACACUCUGGGCAAACCAAAGUAAUAUAUCUGCUUUCUGGCUUUGGCCAGUGUGUUAAUUUGCAAAUCCUGAGCUAAGUCAUUGAGAAAGGCCCUUCCACCUUCAAAAUGCCAGAUUCCCAAGCAGCCCCCGCCCUCAAAAAGCUUCAGUCUCAAGGUAUGUGCCUGCAUGCACCCACACAAGAACAACCUUAAAUGAAGGGUUCAUGGGGCCCCGAUGAGGACACCUGAGGCAGCCAGAGGUCUCCUGGAGGAUGGGAUCUUGUAGAAAGCUUGGAUGUGGACAGAAGAAGGGGCAGCACUCCAGGCCGGGGGGACAGCAGAGGCAAAGGUGUGCCACUGCUGCCUGGGAGCUCCCCCUCCCUCCUUGGGUCCUCUUGGCACCCCCAGAGCAAGCCUUGCCUGUGCCGUUAGUCAAGUCAGCUUGCUAAGGGAGGGAACAGAGUCUGAGGCCCCCAGAAGGGAGGAGCAGAGCCGACCUGCUAGCGGAUCUGACUACGUUACACCCCAGGAGUGGCUCUUCCCAGAGAGGAAAAGGCGGUAGCCAGAAAGGCAAAUGAGCAUUGGGUUUGCUCAGUGGAGGUAGGAGGAAGGAAGUCGCAGCCCUGUGGGCAAUUCCGUGUGUGGGAACCGUGCUGAGGAGCUGUCAGGGAUUCUGGAGGUUCCUGCGUCAAGUGUGGCCACAAAUUGACACUCCUGCUUUGUACUAGAAGGAAGAAGUAUGGAGUUAAAGACUGCAGCUUGAACUGAAAAACCCUGGCCAGGCCGCAUGCUGCAGGGAACCCAGUCCAGAUCCCAGGAGAGCCCCUCUGCCCCUUCGGACCCCGUCCGUCUCCCAUCUACAAAACGUGGACAUUGGCCCAGUUGACGUGUCUCUACAAAGAGGUGCAUAUACCACUGCCCCGCUGCAGGCUGAUCUGGGGAGGCCUCCGGCCCAGGGCAGAUACCGCCAUGGCCCUCCUCAUGCACCUGCUGGUCUGCAUCUUCGGAAUGGGCUCCUGGGUGACCAUCAAUGGGCUCUGGGUAGAGCUGCCCCUGCUAGUGAUGGAGCUGCCAGAGGGCUGGUACCUGCCCUCCUACCUCACGGUGGUCAUCCAGCUGGCCAACAUCGGACCCCUCCUGGUCACCCUGCUCCAUCGCUUCCGGCCCAGCUGCCUUUCCGAAGUGCCCAUCAUCUUCACCCUGCUGGGCGUGGGAACCAUCACCUGCAUCAUCUUUGCCUUCCUCUGGAAUAAGCCCUCCUGGGUGCUGGACGGCCACCACAGCAUCGCCUUCUUGGUCCUCACCUUCUUCCUGGCCCUGGUGGACUGCACCUCCUCGGUCACCUUCCUGCCCUUCAUGAGCCGACUGCCCACCUACUAUCUCACCACAUUCUUUGUAGGUGAAGGACUCAGUGGCCUCUUGCCUGCCCUGGUGGCUCUUGCCCAGGGCUCAGGUCUCACUACCUGCGUCAAUGUGACUGAGUUGUCAGACAGCAUACCAAGCCCUGUGCCCACAGGGGAGACUGACAUCACACAGGGAAUUCCCAGAGCUUUGGUGUCCACUCUCCCCAGAACGGCAGCACCGCUGUCCCACCUGGAGACCCGCUACCUCCCCGCUCACUUCUCGCCCCUGGUCUUCUUCCUCCUGCUGUCCUUCAUGAUGGCCUGCUGCCUCGCGGCAUUCUUUGUCCUCCAGCGUCAACCCAGGUGCUGGGAGGCUUCCGUGGAAGACCUCCUCAACGACCAGGUCACCCUCCACUCCAUCCGGCCACGGGAAGAGAAUGACUUGGGCCCCACAGGCACAGUGGACAGCAGCCAGGGCCAGGGACACCUAGAGGAGAAAGCAGCUCCCUGCUGCCCGGCCCACCUGGCCUUCAUCUAUACCCUGGUGGCCUUUGUCAACGCGCUCACCAAUGGUGUGCUGCCCUCUGUGCAGACCUACUCCUGCCUGUCCUACGGGCCGGUUGCCUACCACCUGGCCGCCACCCUCAGCAUUGUGGCCAACCCUCUCGCCUCCCUGCUCUCCAUGUUCCUGCCUAACAGGUCUCUGCCGUUCCUGGGGGUCCUCUCCAUGCUUGGGACCUGCUUUGGGGGCUACAACAUGGCCAUGGCGGUGAUGAGCCCCUGCCCGCUCCUGCAGGGCCACUGGGGUGGGGAAGUCCUCAUCGUGGCCUCGUGGGUGCUGUUCAGCGGCUGCCUUAGCUACGUCAAGGUGAUGCUGGGCGUGAUCCUGCGUGACCGCAGCCGCAGCGCCCUCUUGUGGUGCGGGGCGGCGGUGCAGCUGGGCUCGCUGCUCGGAGCGCUGUUCAUGUUUCCGCUGGUAAACGUGCUGCGGCUCUUCUCGUCUGCCGACUUCUGCAGCCUGCACUGCCCGGCCUAGGCCGGCCACCAACCCCGUCCCCAUCGCUAACAGCCGGCAACUGGGGUCCAGAGAGGCCAGGCCACAGAGCAAAUGGCAGAAGCAGAGAGGCAGAGUCUGACUACUUGAACCAUGAACGCAAGUGCCCACUAGGGACUGUGGGGAAGGUCACAGGCCACCCAUGGGAACGGGAAAUGCAAGGCACAGACAGCUCUACCCGCAACUCUGUGUCACAGCCCCUGUGACUGCCAGUUCAGAUCGCCUUUGCUUUGACUCUCAAGAGUGGACCGAUUUGCAGCGUGUAGCCGGAGGGGGGCCCAAGGGUGUUAGAAGGGACAGCUGGGAGGGCGAGCUGUCCCUUCAGGCUGUGUGCCUUGGAGAAAUCACUUGGUUUCUCUGUGCCUGUUUCCUCAUCCAUGCAAUGGGGAUUACCAUCCACCUCACAGGCAUGGCACGAAGACAAAAGGAAGCAGCAGCCGGCAUAAAGCAAGCUCCUGAGCCAUCUGCUGAUGUGACAAUCCAUGGUGGUGACAAGAGUGACAGUCGACACAACCUAGAAAUGGCCAGAAGGGUUGAGAAAGGCCCCUGCCCUCUCUCCUUUGCCCCGAAGUCUCACAGAGGAGCUUCUGCAAGACAGGUGGCUAACGGUCGAAUCUUGAGCAUCUGGGCUCCCGGAUUCCCAGCAGGGACGAUGUGGUACCCCCACACCCCUUCCUGUCAUCCUUCCUGGCCCAUGAAGCCCUACUUGUGGGAGAGUAAGUGCCCUCCCGGAGGCAGGCGGAGAUGAUUUGCUGGUGGGGCUAGGGAAGGCCCACCCAUGAACCUCUGAAAGCACACUCCCCCACCAGGCUGGAGACCAGAUAUGCAGAACCCCUGGAAGUAUUAUCUCAAAUGGAGGGGGCGGGUGAUGAUUGUUAUUUUGUUUUACUUUUUGUUUUUCAUUUUUUUAAAUAAAGACAUUCUCUGCUUUUA